GAAAUCAAGCCAAACCGCUUCCCUUGUCGGUGCCUGUUGUGAGUGUCUAGUAUCCGAGACGUUGACACACUCACACUCGCCAUGCGGAUCGGUUUGGUCCCGAUGACGCUGUUUUCUUUGCUCGCGUCGUCCGUUUGCCAGAACCAUAGAGGAACCGUCACGGCCUUUUCGAAUACUGCCCGUACCUUGACGCGUCGUUCCACCGUCGCUCGGAGUGCCAAAGACGGCGGAGGCGGCGGCGCCAAGAAACCCAAGAAUGCGUACGCUCCCACAAUCGUCUUGCCCGAAACAGCUUUUUCCCAACGGGCCAACGCGGUCAUCCGCGAGCCCGAGUUGCAAGCGCUCUGGAAAGAAACAAAUUUGUACCACAAACUCUCGUCGCAAGCGAAAGAAGCCGGCGCCGAACGGUUCGUCUUGCACGAUGGACCGCCCUACGCCAAUGGCGAUUUGCACUGCGGACACGCACUCAACAAAAUUCUGAAGGAUUUCAUCAACCGCAAACAAAUUCUCAACGGGAAACAGGUACACUACAUUCCGGGUUGGGAUUGCCACGGUUUGCCCAUUGAACUCAAAGUCCUGCAGACCAUGAAAUCCAAAGAACGCGAGGCGCUUACACCGGUCACCUUGCGCGAAAAGGCGGCAGAAUUCGCCAAAGAAACGGUAGAAAAACAAAGCGUGGCCUUUCAAAGAUACGGAAUCUUUGGCGACUUCGAGAAACCGUACUUGACCUUGCAGCCAGAGUUUGAAGCCGCACAAAUUCGAGUCUUUGGAGAGAUGUUCCAAAAAGGUUACAUUUUUCGGGGUCGAAAACCGGUACACUGGUCGCCGUCGUCACGGACAGCUCUGGCGGAAGCCGAAUUGGAGUAUCCGGAAGGGCACGUAUCUAAGAGUAUUUAUGUGGCCUUUAACGUUGAUACCCCGUCGGAAGUCUUGGCGUCGUUUCAUUCCACCGAAGAGCCACUCAAAGUGGCCAUUUGGACCACCACACCGUGGACAAUGCCGGCGAACAUGGCCGUGGCCGUCAACCCAGAAUUGAGCUACUCAGUCGUACAACACGAAAAGACAGGGAAACUGCUAGUUGCCACAGACUUGGCGUCAAGCUUGGCUCGCAAGUUUGAUCUGCCAGAAGACGAAACCUUAGACAUCCUCGCAACGUUUCCUGGAAAGGAUCUCGUUGGUACCAUCUACAAACACCCAAUGUACGAUCGAAAGUCUCCGGUACUGGCGGGUGGGGACUACAUUACGACUGAAUCGGGUACAGGUUUGGUACAUACUGCUCCGGGUCAUGGACAGGAGGAUUACUUGACCGGUCUUAAGAACGGACUGGAGAUUCUGAGCCCGGUGGAUGAUGUAGGAAAAUUCACCAUAGAAGCUGGCGAAAGAUAUGUUGGCAUGCGUGUGCUCGCGGAAGGAAAUUUGGCAAUGAUUGAUGCAUUGCAAGAAGCUGGCUCGCUGCUCAAAGCAGAAGAUUACGGCCAUAAAUACCCUUACGAUUGGCGAACCAAAAAGCCGACCAUCUUCCGUGCGACCGACCAGUGGUUUGCCAGUGUGGCAGGUUUCCGGGACCAGGCUUUGGACGCCGUCGAAAAGGUCAAAUGGGUCCCUGAGGUUGGAAAGAAUCGUAUUCGGUCCUUCGUCGAUGGCCGUGGCGAUUGGUGCAUUUCUCGUCAACGGUCGUGGGGUGUCCCUAUUCCCGUCUUCUACGACAAAGCAACUGGGAAAGAAGUCCUACUGAACAAAGAUACUUUGGCACACGUUCAAACAUUGUUUGCUGAGCACGGCAGCGACUGCUGGUGGAAGAUGGAUGAGAGCGAACUUCUUCCAGAGAAAUUUCGUGCGGAAGCCGAUAAGUGGCAGAAGGGAACCGAUACAAUGGAUGUUUGGUUCGACUCCGGUUCGAGUUGGGCUGGUGUAGCCCAGUCACGCGACGAACUCGCAUAUCCGGCCGAUAUGUACCUGGAAGGAAGUGAUCAGCACCGGGGCUGGUUUCAGAGUAGCUUGUUGACUAGUGUCGCAAACAACAAUAUUGCCCCGUACAAGACUGUCCUCACGCACGGGUUUGUUUUGGACGAAAAAGGUUUUAAAAUGUCUAAAUCUCUCGGGAAUGUUGUCGAUCCUUUGAAGGUUAUCGAAGGAGGUAACAACAAAAAACAAGACCCAGCGUAUGGGGCUGAUGUGCUUCGUUUAUGGGUUGCCAACAGCGACUACUCUGGUGAUGUUUUGAUUGGAGACAACAUUAUCAAGCAGACUUUCGAUAGUUAUCGCAAACUCCGAAACACUGCUCGCUAUCUAAUCGGAAACUUGGCCGAUUUUGUGCCGAGCGACUCAACAGACAGCAACGCUGUAGCCUACGAUGACCUUCCUUCCAUGGACAAGUGGAUGCUCGGGCGAUUGAGCGCAGUGCUAAGAACUGUAAAUGAAGCAAUGGACGAUUUCCAAUACCAACGCGCAAUUCAAGAGUUGCUUCGUUUUGCUUCAGCUGAUCUCUCUAACUUCUACCUGGAUGUUGCUAAGGAUCGUCUCUAUAUCUCGGCAAUGGAUGAUGCACGGCGACGAAGCUGUCAAACAGUUCUUUACGCGUGUUUAGAGGGGUUCACUAAGGCCAUCUCGCCAAUUUUACCACACAUGGCGGAAGAUAUAUGGCAAAAUCUUCCCUACCAAAAAUCGACGGAUAGUGUCUUCGAAGGGGGCUGGCCGACAAAUCUUAUGUCAUAUGCAGAAUUUGAUUCUCAGACCUGGGAUCUAGUCCGUUUGGUAAGAGACGAUGUCAACAAGAUGCUUGAGUCUGCUCGAAGUGACAAGCUUGUUGGAGCGUCCCUUGAUGCGGCUGCCUACAUAUACGUUCCGGAUUCUGAGAAGAAAGCAAUCUUGGAGAAGCUUGUUGGAGAUGCAAGCCUUGUCGCUCCACCAGUCAAGACCAAUGGUGUGGAUGAGCUUCGUACAGCUUUGAUGCUGUCUCAAAUCCAUCUGGUUGAAAAUGAAAACGAUGUUAGAGAGGCCUGCGAAGACAAGUAUGUGUCUUCCAGAGAUACCUCGAGCGGCUGUAUUGUCGGAGUGGGGAGGGCAGUUGGAACGAAAUGUGCUCGUUGCUGGUUCUACGAUGAGGAAGUUGGAAACCACAGUCUUACGUACGCGGACGUUUGUCAAAGAUGCAAUGAAGCCAUUUCUAGUUGGGAAAAGAAGACUGGACAAGCUUUCGUGAAACCGGAAGAAACGGAAGCUGAGCAACCUGUUGCAUAAAUUGAAAUCUGUAGGAUACACAAAUUCUUCAUGUUGUUUGGUCGGAGUAAAUACCAAUCUACUCAUGCAAACACAAUGAGUUGGUUCAAAAACGUGGCUAUUUUAUUUUCUCUAUUAUACAAAAAGCAAACGGGCUUCAGUCAAAUCGAGUCUCUCGAUUGGGAACUGGAGCUUUGUAUUCGCUAACAUCAACUUGACUAAAGCGUAAAUUUGCGUGCGUU